AUGGACGCUUUUGUAGUCUUCGGUGCCGAAGUGUUGAUCAUUGUUGCGGUGUCCAUCUUGGGUAUUGCAAGUAUCAACGUGGAGGUUAAGACGCCUUCCUAUGUCUGUAUGCUGGGCUGUAGUUUCUUUAUGGCGGCCCUCUUAGGACUAUUCAUUAUCUAUGAGUAUUUGCCACAUAGACUCAGGUUACAUCGGCAAGCUAGUGAGUUCACAGUUGAGGAUGGUGAAGGCCUGCUUGAGGUGGAUAGGAUACUUAUACGACUCGUUAUUGGUUCUCUCGAAGCCUUUGAAGAGUAUGUCCGUGGUCACAAGGAAUAUGUAACAGGCAGGAGUCGUCCUUGGACUGUCAGUUCCCCUACCCUCGCUAUUCUCCCUCGGUUGAUAUACCCUGGUGGAGCCUCCACCGUGGAGGACUUUGCGGUGUCUCGUAUCGACUCUGAUUCUUCUGCUCUGUCGGAUGCCUCUUUUGGUCUUUGUGGCUUAUGCUUGCUUCGAGCAGAGAAGGAAGCCCCGAUGGAUCGAGGCCAUCUCGAUAGUCUCACUCGCGGUACUCUACGAGAUCCUCGUGCUGCUCACGGUGCGGUGUCAUGCCAAGCUUUGUAA